UGUUACUGGAGCCUUCGGGAGCUGUCAGUGUCACGGAAGGGGGCAAUAGAGUCAACGCGAUUUACUUGUAACUGAAUCUGUGUACAUCAUUUAUUGCAGGGCGCUUUACUGGCGCAUAGAUUGACUUAACUAGAAAAGCGAAUGGAUAGCAAUUACUUUUUUGCAGUUUUCAUUCUGGGAGUUACGAUGCAAUUACUUUAAUCACAGUUUAGAUGGGUAUAUGUCUUGCGAAUGGAUAGUAAGCUUAGACAGGCUUAACGUGAUUUGGUCGGUUUAAAAGUUGGCACUAACGAUUGCUGGCUUGAUGAUUAAUUGCAAAGCAGAUAUGGACAAGUAAUUUAAUAGUUGUCACGGAAAGCUUCCAUGCAGUUGUUACAAUUAACUUGCCGGCUGAGAUAAUUGUAACAAAUUUACUGUAUUAUAUGAUUACAUGUUGGCAAGAUUUUUUUUUUACAGUGUAGCCUACUGUAUAUUUAUCGAACUAACCAAUGGCUAUUGGUUAUAUCAAUAAUGUUUUGUUUGCAAUUUGUUUAGAGAAAAGCUAAGAGAGAAAGGUGAAUAUUAAGUUGGUCUACAGUUAGGAACUCAGCUCAUUAGCUAGCAGCACUGUCGGGUGCGCUGUCCAUUCACCCUGAGUCAGAUUUAGACUAGUUUACACAUCAAAUAGCCGGCGAUUUUAUCAUUUAAUAUCUAUAUUACAGUAAACAUACUUUUUCGCGAGUUUACUACAUUUAUCAGGAUGAAUAUCUUUGCGGAGUUUUUCUUGGUCAUUCUGAAAGUGCUUUGGGCUUUUGUGAUGGCCGGGUUGAAAUGGGUGGUUCGGCCAAAAGAGAAAAGCGUUGCGGGGCAGGUGUGUGUGAUCACCGGGGCAGGCAGCGGGCUGGGCCGACUCUUUGCCAAGGAGUUUGCUCGACGACGGGCAGUGCUAGUGCUCUGGGACAUCAACAGCCAAAGCAACGAGGAAACUGCAGAGAUGGUGCGGCAGAUAUAUCGUGAGCUGGACAGCCCAGUGACCAAAGAUGGAGUUGUGAGUGGUGUAGAGGAGAUCCCGCCAUUCCAGCCCCAGGUGUACACCUAUGUCUGCGACGUGGGAAAGCGCGAAAGCGUGUACUCCACGGCGGAGAAGGUGCGUCAAGAAGUGGGGGACAUCGACUUGCUGAUCAAUAACGCCGGCGUGGUGUCCGGCCACCACCUCCUGGAGUGCCCCGAUGAGCUCAUCGAGAGGACCAUGAUGGUUAACUGCCACGCGCACUUCUGGACCACCAAGGCCUUUCUUCCCAAGAUGCUGGAGAUGAACCAUGGACACAUUGUGACAGUUGCCAGCUCGCUGGGAUUAUUCAGCACAGCUGGUGUGGAGGACUACUGCGCCAGCAAGUUCGGUGCCAUCGGCUUCCACGAGUCGCUCAGCCACGAGCUGAAGGCGGCGGAGAAAGACGGGAUCAAAAUGACCCUGGUCUGCCCCUACCUGGUGGACACCGGCAUGUUCAGAGGCUGCAGAAUCCGGAAAGAGUUUGAGCCCUUCCUGCCCCCCCUGAAGCCCGAGUUCUGCGUGACACAGGCCAUGAGGGCCAUCCUGACCGACCAGCCCAUGAUCUGCACGCCGCGCAUCGUCUACAUGGUCAACUUCAUGAAAAGCAUCCUGCCCUUUGAGGCCGUCGUGUGCAUGUACCGCUUUCUGGGCGCCGACAAGUGCAUGUACCCGUUCCUGGCACAGAGGAAGCAGGCCAUGAACAACAAUGAGGCGAAGAACGGGAUCUAGAGGGCGCUGUUCCCAAGUUGUACAUCGGCACAUUUCCUGAAAACGCGGAGGAUAAGACCACUGAAGGAGAAUCGGAGAGAGAGAGAGAGAAGAAAAGACUGAAUCUUGACUGGUGCACUUGCAUUGACCAGAUGCAAAGGUUUACCAUAUUGUUCCUCUGGAACAAAGAAAGCUGUGUACUACACUAAGGAUUUAUUUGUAUUUGUUUAAGGUUUGUUUAAAGAAACCAACUGUCUAUAUACUGUGUUGACAAUAGUUUUUAAAUCAUACAAAAGGUAUUCAAUUAUUAACUAUUUACGUAAUGUAGUCACCAGCAUUAUUUAGCGUCUUUGUGGAAAAAUACAGUAUGUUACUGUAUGAACAGUAAAUCUUGUCACUUUGUUUUUUUUUGUAGACAUGCACUGUAAUUACACAAUUUCUCCACACUGCAAACACUAUUCGUGUAGAACAGUUCCACAGCAUAGUAUUUCUCAACUGCUCCCAGCACACUGCGAGGUCAGUAACCACAGAGGCUGCAUCUAUAGGUGACAUCCCACUAACUUGGGGGGACAAAGAUUGACCGAAUCCUUCUUGACAUCAGACUGAUCCUGGCUAACGUCUGACAGGUCAUCAUCUUGCACUGCCAACUCCUAAUGUUUUCAUCUGUACUCUUGUCCUUGGCAUUAAUUGGAUGUACAGCAGUCUUUCAUUCCCGUUGACCUGUCAGUAUAAGGACACGUAUUCCUCAGUUGCCCAUCAUGCAGGUUGUCGAAGCCUGGGAUUCUCCUUACUUCUUGGUUUGUGCUGCUCAGUUGAUGAAAGACAAAUGUAAUCAAUAGGUCAGGGGUCAGCGCCCCAUGUUGAACCAAACCGUAUUUGUUUGGCAGUGCUCAUCGAUCUUGUUUUCACGUCGUCGCGCGGGGGGGAAAAAGAUCAAUUUGGCAUAGGUCCUGGAUGUAUAGUUGGAUAUAUUUUUGUAAACAUUUCUUGUGCAAUUAAAUGUACAGAAACAUCAGCAAUAUUGUUCCCUCUGGUUUGUGCUGUAGAGCUAACCGUCCCAAUGUCUACAUUCUUUUUAAAAGCAGGAAAGCCUUGUGCAACCUUUCAAAACUCAAAGUUAGGGAAUUUCUUGUUUUUAUAUGCAAGUUAUUUGUCUGUCAUUGUCUUGAUCAGUGAGAUGUUAAAAAUAUCAUGGUCUAUACACACUACUGACUAUUAAAACUAUGUUUGGAAGUAUUGCAUUAAACUCCUUUUUCAAUGAAAUGUUAAUGUUUAACUGUUGUGAGUACCCAAAAUUCCACUGAAAUGAAAACUCCAUUGUUUAAUAUUUGGAUAUUUUGUAUGCUUUAGGAAGACAGACCUUUUGAAUUUAAGCAACAUUCCAAUAGGCGUUUUCUUCAUUGACUAUUAUGAGCCUAAAAUCUCUACCUCUCGAUUUUUUGCCAUUUGUUGACAGUAUGACAGAAGCCUCCUUUUUGUAAUUUUCUUUGAAUCCUGCUCUGCAGAGGAGCAGGUUAUAUGUGGUUCUGAUGUUUAGUGUCUCUACCUAACUUAAAUGAAUAAAGUGAUUUAGAUUAUUA